AUGGAGUCCAUAAACCCGAAGCCCAAGAGAAAUGUUCUCUUUCUGGUGGCCGAUGACCUCGGCAAGUGCCUGCCAUGUUAUGGUGCCAAAGGCCUCCAAACGCCCAAUAUCGAUAAACUAGCUGGAAAUGGAAUCGUCUUCGAUGAUGCCUUCACAAGCACAGCAUCGUGUAGUGCGAGUCGGACCACCAUUUAUACAGGUCUGCAUCCGCAUGAGAGUGGUCAGUACGGAUUAGCAGGCGGUUCAAAUCAUUUUCAAUGCUUCGACCACGUUCAAUCAGGUCCCAGACUCUUCAAUGCACUUGGCUACCAAACAGGAAUACUGGGAAAGGUACACGUGGGACCAGAAAGUAUAUUUCCCUGGGAAUCAAGAGAAGAGAGCGAGACAAGAAAUGUUGCUUGGGUUGCCGACCGUGCAGACGCUUUCUUUCAAAAGGCCAAUGCUACGCAACGUCCCUUUUUUCUGACAAUCGGCUUCGUGGACCCGCACCGAGAUAUCAGAACUCGAGGAGGCUUUGGAAAUGCAGAAACAUGCGAUGGCACUUUUGUGGCCCCAGACUACACGACUGAUCAAGUUGAAAUCCCAAACUGGCUUACAGACGUGGCUGAAACACGCAUUGAAUAUGUGGAAUAUUACAAAGCAAUUUCGCGCGUGGACUAUGGUGUUGGCCUAAUCCUAGAUGCACUCGAAAGGCAGAACCUAGCGGACUCGACUUUAGUUGUCCUCUGCAGUGACAACGGGCCUCCUUUCAUCAAUUUUAAGACAACGCUAUACGAGGCCGGGAUUCAAUUGCCUUUCAUUGUACGAAUGCCCGGGUCCUCGUCUCGUGGUAUUCGGAAUCCGAACAUGAUAUCCUAUAUUGACAUACUUCCUACAUUCCUGGACUGGGCUGGCGCUCCAAUUGAGUUUUCUACACCCGUCGAGAUCUCCAAGGGCCAGGUAUUCACCAGAGAAACUCAACCUCCACAGCCCCCAAAGCGUGUUGGGCAAUCGUUUCUACCCAUUAUGGAUCGCACAGAUAUUCUCCCUAAGGAGCAAUGGCAGCAUCAAGUCUACGGGUCUCAUACAUUCCACGAGGUUGCCAAUUAUUGGCCCACUCGUUUCAUCCGCAGUAGAAAGUACAAGUACCACCGAAAUAUCGCGUGGCAACUUGACUUUCCUUUCGCUUCUGAUCUCUAUGCCAGCUUGAGCUUUGAGGGUAUUCGCAGAAAUCACCACGGAGGGAAGCAGAGAGAUAUUAUGGUCGGAGGCCGGUCACUCAAGCAAUACAUCCAACGUCCACCUGAAGAACUCUAUGAUCUGGAAUCAGACUCAAGAGAAGUCCAUAAUCUCGCGGGUGAAAAUGGCUAUGAUGAUAUUUUGGCAGGAUUCAGAAGAGAUAUGGAGAUUUGGCAGAUGCAGACGAAAGACCCGUGGUUCUUAAGAGAUGGACAGAGCGUCGUGGCAUUACAGAGGUAUUCGGAUGAAGGUUUGAGAAUGCCGAAGUGCUUUGACUUUUUGCUGGACAGUGUGAUCUAUGAUGGUGCGGAGUUGUAUAAGGUGGAUGAUCCUGCGCUCGUGGGUAGUAUAGAUCCUUCCUUGGGGACGACCGAAAGGCAAUAG